UCUAAGCCUCGGCACAUCUCCUCACAUCGCUACUAACUACACUUUAUUCAUCCUCCGUGUCAGGAUAAACUCCACUCGUCUCAGUCAACUUUGGGCAUUAUUAGGCCCGCUUAGCUUGCUAGUUGUUUUAGCGCGCUAGUUGGCUUAGCAUGCUAGUUAGCUUAGCGCGCUAGUUAGCUUAGCUUGUUAGCUGCUAACAAAGAGACGCGGAUUUGAUCAACACAUCGCUUAGUGAAGAUCAAGAGUGAGUGUAAAGUGUUGUGAUUGUGCGAAAGAACGAUAGCAGAGUUCAAAGAGGAACUUUCUCGACAAAAGAAGAGAACAAAAGACUACGUCAACUACUGGAGGCUGUUUUCAAGAAAGCUCAAGUUGUGUUACACAGAACAGACCCCAGUCACGUGACUUCAAACUUGACACCUCAUUGGCUGCUUCUGAGACAGCCUCCAUGGUUUCAGUCUUGUAACGGAAACGUCUGUGAAGAACAUCUUCUCUCUGAGCAACACAGGUGGAGCUUCAGGAUGGACAAGGAGGAGCCACAGCCCUUCCACAUUAAGGAGGAAGAAGAGGCGCCACAUACAUUACAAAUGCAAAGGGAAGAAAAUAACCCACUGACCUCCCAUUUUAAAGAGGAAGAGGAGGAACACAGCAUCAGUCAAGAAUGGUUGGAGGAGUUCCAUGUGAUUGUGAAGAGUGAAGAUGAUGAGGUCAAAGGUGAGAGUGAGGAGAAGAGAGAGGCGGAGCCUCCAAGCAGCAGCUCAACUCAACACAUGACAACAGAAGCUGAUGGAGACCACUGUGGAGGAUCACAAGCAGACAAGCUCUUAGCUCCACUAUCACAUAGUGAGGACACAACGUCACACUCUCCUGACACUGAUGAUGAACACUCUAAAGAUGAUAAGACAUGUCACACUGACAACAAACGCUUCACAUGUUCUCACUGUGACAAAACCUUUAAAUCUCCUAGUAAUUUGAAAAUACACAUGAGAACACACACUGGAGAAAAACCUUUUUCAUGUUCAAUCUGCGGUAAAGAUUUUAAUCAAAAGGGCCAUUUGGAAAGACACAUAAGAACACACACAGGAGAAAAACCUUUUUCAUGUUCAAUCUGCGGUAAAGAUUUUAAUGAAAGGAGCAAUUUGAAAAUACACAUAAGAACACACACUGCAGAAAAACCUUUUUUCUGCUCAGAAUGUGGUAAACGUUUUAAACAAGGUGCUCAUUUGAAAAUACACAUGAGAACACACACUUUAGAAAAACCUUUUUCAUGUUCAAUCUGUGGUAAAGAUUUUACUCUUAAUCGACAGUUAAAAAGUCACAUGACGACACACGCUGGAGAAAAACCUUUUACCUGCUCAGAAUGCGGUAAAAGAUUUGCACGAAAAUAUGACUUAAAACCACACAUGAGAAAACACACUGGUGAAAAACCUUUUUCCUGCUCAAAAUGUGGUAAAAGUUUUGUAUUAAGUCGAAGUUUAAAAGUACACAUGAGAAUACACACUGGAGAAAAACCUUUUAUAUGUUCAGUAUGUGGUAGAAGUUUUAUAGAUCACAAGCCAUUAAAAUUUCACAUGAGAAUGCACACUUUAGAAAAACCUUUUUCAUGUUCAAUCUGUGGUAAAGAUUUUACUCUUAAUCAACAGUUGAAAAGGCACAUGACGACACACGCUGGAGAAAAACCUUUUACCUGCUCAGAAUGCGGUAAAAGAUUUGCACGAAAACAUGACUUAAAACCACACAUGAGAAUACACACUGGUGAAAAACCUUUUUCCUGCUCAAAAUGUGGUAAAAGUUUUGUAGUAAGUCGAAGUUUAAAAGUACACAUGAGAAUACACACUGGAGAAAAACCUUUUUUAUGUUCAGUAUGUGGUAAAAGUUUUAUAGAUCACAAGCCAUUAAAAUUACACAUGAGAACGCACUCUGGUGAAAAACCAUACUCCUGUUCAAGCUGCAACAAAAGCUUUAGUUGCCGAAAAUAUUAUAUAUUACACAUGAGAACACACACAGGAGAGAAAGUGUGGAGUUGCAGUGUGUGUGGUGAAAGAUUCUCUUAUGAGAAGCAGUGUAAGAAACACAAGUGUGCUGGUGAGAACAGCAGCAGCAAAUGAAGAUGCAGGAUUUAAAAUAAACUUUCAAAACUUUAACUUUGACUUUCUAACAACAUCAGCACAUAUAACAUGUGUGACAUCAUUGUUGUGUGUGUGUGUAACACAAUCUUGUUAACAUGAUUGUAACAUUUAUAGAUUAGAUACUUCAGAUUAGUGCUUUUAUUUCAGUCAAGUACAUGAGUUAAUAUACACAUUUGUGUACUUUAAAAUGAACAGGACAAUUUAAAGGCCUACUGAAAGCCACUACUACCGACCACGCAGUCUGAUAGUUUAUAUAUCAAUGAUGAAAUCUUAACAUUGCAACACAUGCCAAUACGGCCGGGUUAACUUAUAAAAUGCAAUUUUAAAUUUCCCGCUAAACUUCCGGUUGAAAACGUCUAUGUAUGAUGACGUAUGCGCGUGACGUCAAUCGAUGAACCGGAAGUAUUGGUACACCGUUGAAUCCAAUACAAAAAACCUCUGUUUUCAUCUCAAAAUUCCACAGUAUUCUGGACAUCUGUGUUGGGGAAUCUUUUGCAAUUUGUUUAAUGAACAAUGAAGACUGCAAAGAAGAAAGUUGUAGGUGGGAUCGGUGUAUUAGCGGCUGGCUGCAGCGACACAAGCAGGAGAACUUUGAGAUGUAUAGCAGACGCGCUAGCCACACUACAUAAAAUAUGUUACAUACAAUAAACAUUUUAAGUGUAGAUAUUCAUAAUUCACUUUUAUACUUAUUCAUAAUAGUGUCUUAUAUAUGUUUUUUGAAAUAAUGAAGUGUUACAUUUUGUAUUUUCUAAUUGUAGCUGAUUCCAUAGAUGAACUCCUUUAUAUGAUAUACAUUUUUUUUUUUACAUGUGUUCAUACCUUUGCUUUUGAGUAUACAUAAAUCCCUCUUAGUUCAUAUUUACUGGUUCACAUCUGAAACAUCUUCUGGACCACUUCUGGAAGCAUAUUAUUAUUUACUUUAUACAUCAUUUGAACAGUUGUCUUUUAUACAAUUUUAAAAUGUGUGACUUUAUGAAUCAUUUGUUGGGUCUCUAUAAUCCAUUCUAUUAAUUGUCUUUAUUACUCUCUUUUGUAUUAUGAAUAUUGUUGUGUGAUUGUUUUAUAUGUAUGUCCC